CAGCGCAAUCGAAGAGCGUAUCUCGGGCAUCAAUGCGAGAGCUUCAAAUUGCCAUAUUCUUUGGCCAUCUCGAGGUCGCAACACCAGAACAUCACAACCACAACCAUGGCUUCUGUUACCUCCCUCGAUAAAGACAUGCGCAAACUGCGCCUGGAUCGUUACACUCCACAAGCCGCAAACGAAGUUCGGUCAUUCAUUGAAGACUCCCUAGGGGAACGUUUGCCGCCGGGAGAUCUUCUUGACAGCCUUAAGGAUGGAGUCGCUCUUUGCAAGUAUGUUUCCACAGUGUCGCCCCUCCAAGAAACAUUCUGACUUUGCACACUUCCCAGACUUGUCAAUUUAGCAUCACCCAAUGCGCUUCGAUUCAAAGCGAGGGCUAUUAUGCCUUUCGUACAAAUGGAGAAUAUCUCCCUAUUUCUACAAGCAUGUCAAAACCCCCCCUUCAAUCUCCAACCACACGACAUCUUCCUCACGGUCGAUCUUUACGAAUCGAAAGACCCGGCGCAAGUUCUACAGUGUCUGGGUUCAUUUAGUAGAGCAGCGCAUCGCAUUGCGCCCAAUCAAUUUCCCAAUCCGAUCGGAGGAAAGUCCCGUGGAGGAGUUAUGAGCCCUCAAGGAACAGGCGCGGUUGGUGGUGGAAGUUAUGGCAGGCCCAGAGUAAACUCCAACACAAGCAAUUCGUCCUCCGCGUACAAUCCAACGAGAGCGGCGCCCUCUCUGACCUCGAGUAAAACUGGCGAUUCGAAUGGCGGCCGAUGGAGUCCAACGAAAAAUGGAGGUACGCCUCUGUCCCCUGGCGGGGUUAGUAGCUGGAGUAAAAAGGCUGACGAAGGGGCUACAUCUCCGGCUUGGAAUAUCUCACAAUAUGGUUAUAUGGGAGGCGCAAGUCAGGGAAAUCUAGGGGUAUCAUUUGGAGGAAGACGACAAAUUACUAGCGCUGGUCCACAAGUUCCGAAUAUGGCAGAGAAAAUAAAGCUGCGAAAGGAAAGAGAGGCGGAGGUGGAGCGAAUAAAGCUCGAGACAGAGAAAGAGGAGAGAAGGAGAAAGGAGGAAGAGGCUGCCGAGGAAGAGAGAGCGCGAUUAGCAGAAGAAGCAAGAUGGGCCGAGGAAACGAAGAGAUUGCGGGAACAGGAAAGACAAAAGGCCGCGGACGAAAAGCGGAGGUGGGAAGAAGAAGAACAAAAAUGGCGAAUGGAAGAGGAGAGACGUCAAAAGGAGGAGGAAGAAGCCGAGAUAAGAAUGCAGGCUGAACGGAAAAGAGCUCGAGGAAAUAGCGACGCUAGAUUACGAGGUCAAUUUUUGAGCCAAUACCAGGCUGAAAACGCCUCAAACAAUGGUAAAGGGUCUGAGAGCGAUAGGAUCAAGGAGUUGGAAAGACAACUAGAACAAGCAAGGGAGAGGGAACGCCAAUAUGAGAACGAGAGGCAGGCAAAGAUGAAUCGCAGAAGAGGUAGUCGUGAUGAAAGCCGCGAAGAAAUAGAGGAGCAUGAUUUUUCAAAUCGCAUGAAAGAACAAACUUCUAGGUCACGGGCUCAGUCACGAAGUCGUCCUCCUCAGUCGCAUAAGAAUGGUGAUGAAGAUUGGCGAAAGAACGAACGCGAAUAUCUUCGAAGAGAAUGGUCUUCAUCUCACGGUAGCGAAGACCAAGCAUCUCGACCUCUACCAGAACCGACACUUCCGCCUCGUGUAACUAAGCACAAUUCAGGAUCACGACCCCUUCCAGAACCUACACCACGAGUGGCAAAACAUAAUUCCGGCUCAAGACCACUUCCUGAACCCGCACCGCGCCUGGUGAAAAAUAACACGGGCUCCAGACCACUUCCAGAUCCAGCAAAGUAUGCCUCAUCGUCAAACCCAUCAGCGCCUAAACCGCCUGCUCCUAACCCUAGAAUCUCAUCUCAGAACCGGACCGAUCGAUUCUUAUCCUCAAACCCAGCUCCACAACAAGCUCGACCGCAAACUACUUAUGCCAACGAACUCGGUAAUUUCGACAGUACCGCUGAAAGAGAUGCCGAAGAGCGUCGCCGUAAGGAAUCUCAAAUUAAGACCAAGGCCGCAGGCUGGGCAUCCAAAUCUUUACUAGAAAGGGAAAUGGAAAUGGAACGGCAACGACAGCAAGAAUGGGAAGAAUCCCAGAAGGAACUCAAAUCGAAAGUUCCUACUGGUUCUGGUGUUGAUGGGAUUGGUGGUGGGAUCAAUGGAAAAUGGGAUGUUAACCAGUGGACUGGCUAUACUGGAGGGAAUGGUCAAAAUCGUGGCUCCCAGGGUAUCGGAAGUGGGCGACGACAGAUUGUUGGACCUAGACCUCCGCCUCCCGGACGUUGAUGUAUUUGAACUGGGGAAUGAGCCGUAAAUUGGGAUGGUGCUGCAUUUCUUGGAGCGGGUGGGUGCUUUUGUUGUACAACUGGCAUGAGUGUCUGAUAACACUGAUUUUACUUGGAAAAAGGCCAGGUGUCUUACUGUCUGCUUCUUUGAAAUUGACAUGAAGUACGACGAGAUAACGAAUGCCAAGUUUUCUAUUAAUGAAUGAAUGAAUGCUUGGAGUCUUCCUGUGGUUCAGAGGGUGUUCGGUUCGGAGCGAGGAUUGGAUAUGAUACUCCUGAGAUUAGAUAAUUCUUCUUCUUCUUUUUUUUUACAAUUAGCUUUUCCUUGUGUUACUUGAGAACCGUCUACAUAAACAUGCCUGAUAUUGAGCUCUAACAUGGCGGCUUCUGGUAGACAGGAAAAGUUGUAGAGGAAAGUAUCCAUUCCUGUUGGCUUAUUUAACAUUCACGAAUAUUGUUGGUUUGGUUAUCUGGAGCUGUGAAUAUGAUUAGCUGGACUUAAUAGGGUAUUUGAAGUCGUUGUCCUAGAUUCUCUGGGGUGAUGAUAUGUUUGAAAAAACUUACGCUGACGGAAAGAGAAUGGAUUCUCUGAAUCUCUGUAAUCUUUCUUCUCUACUAAGUAG